AUGUCAAGGUUUCCCAGUCCUCCAUCUCUGGCAGAAAUGUCCGCUGGCCCUGUAGCUGACAGCUGGUGCCACACACAGAUCCAGGUAAUGAAAUUCUCCCACAUGUGGACAAUCAAUAACUUCAGCUUUUGCAGGCAGGAAGUGGGUGAAUUCAUGGAAAGUUCAACCUUUUCAUCAGAAGCCAAUGAUCAACUGAAAUGGUGUUUGAGAGUAUACCCAAAAGGGCAAGAUGAAGAAAGCAAAGAUUACCUGUCACUUUUUCUGGUUCUGGUCAGCUCUUCAAACAGUAUAUCUUUGGCAAAAUUCAAAUUUUCUUUCCUGAUUGACAAGGAAGAAAAAACAUUCGAAAUUAUAUGCAUGAAGAGUUGCUAUACAUGUAGCUUUGCACAAGGCCAAGAAUGGGGAUUCAAGAAAUUCAUCCCUUUAGAUGUUCUCUUGCAUGAAGGCGACAGUUUGCUACCUGAUGACAAGCUGACCCUCUUCUGUGAGGUGUCACAAGAUUCCAUCCCCAUUUUUGGACAGAAUCGCAGGAAGAUGAUGGAGGUUCCUGAGUGCCAGCUGGCCCAUGAGCUACGAGGACUUUGGGAGAAUUCCUGGUUCACAGACUGUUGCUUUUGUGUGGCUGGCCAGGAAUUCCAGGCUCACAAAGCUAUCUUAGCAGCUCGUUCUCCAGUGUUUAGGUCCAUGUUUGGACAUGUAAUGCAGGAGAGCAAAACGAACCUGGUGGAAAUCAUUGACUUGGAGCCUGGAGUGUUUAAGGAAAUGAUGUGCUUCAUCUACACGGGGAAGGCUCCCAACCUGGACAAGAUGGCUGAUGGUUUGCUGGCAGCUGCUGACAAGUAUGCCCUGGAGCGUUUGAAGGUCAUGUGUGAGGAAGCCCUCAGCAGUCAGCUGUCUGUGGAGAAUGCUGCAGAAAUGCUCACCUUGGCUGACCUCCACAGUGCAGAUCAAUUGAAAACUCAGGCAGUGGAUUUCAUCAACUCUCAUGCUGAGGAUGUUAUGGAUACUGAGGGGUUUCAAGAGAAGGUGGCAUCCAAUCCCAGCUUGGUGACUGAGCUGUACCGCUCUCUGGCUUCAGCACAGGGCCGCUGUCUGGGACCCCCACUCAAGUGCCUGAAACAGUCCUGA